AUGCCGUUCCUCGAUCUACCUAACGAGCUUAUACAAUCCCUCUCUUCCGAACUUAACUCCAAAGACUUAUCCCAUCUAAUACGCACCUGCCACGAUCUUCACUCAAUUCUCACACCACUCCUCCACCGCCUCGCCCACGAAAAGCGAGGAUACGAGCUCGACGCCCUCCAAUGGGCAGCCUCCAAGGGUCAUGAGCCACUAGUCCGGCUUCUUAUCUCUCACGGCAGCGAUAUUAAUGUCGGCCGUGGUCAACGCUACGGUACAGCGCUCCACAUAGCCGCGCGUAACAACGCUGAAAACAUCAGUGAAUUGCUUGUUAAUCUUGGCGCUGAUGUUGGAGUAAAAUGCAGCAGCGGGAGAACUCCACUGCAUUGGGCGGCAUAUAGUGGGAGUACAAAAGUAUGUGAACUGCUGCUUGAGAAGGGAGCAGAUCUAUCCUGUGUGGACAUCAACAGCGCGUCAGCACUCUCGGAUGCCGUAUCACAGGGACAAGACGAUGUUGUUAGACUUUUACUAGAGAAAGGUGCAGACAUUACUGCAGCAACAACUGGGCCGAAUAUCGGUGGUACGAGCGCACUUCACCAAGCUGCUUAUUAUGGGCAUGAAGCUGUAGUAAAAACGCUGAUGUCGCAUGGUGCGAACAUUCACGUGGAAAAUGCACUUGGCGCGAGGCCUCUCCACUGUGCAGCUAGUAACUGCGCAGUUGGCGUUGCAGAGAUGCUGCUCGAUGGCGGCGAAGAUAUAAAUUCAGAGACCUUGGUGGGCUACACAUCGCUUCACCUGGCGGCAGAGAGCGGCGAUGUGAAGAUGAUCACGUUACUAGUCAAUAGAGGGGCAAAAAUCGAUGCAACAGAGCGUACUGGAAAGACCCCACUACAUCUGGCAGCGGGAAAUUGGCGUCCAGAUGCGGUAAGGAUGCUUUUGAGAAGAGGAGCCGACUAUUUGGCACGGGAUGUGCACAAACAAACAGCAUUGGAUGUUGCGAAGGGCGCGGAUAUGAUUGAUGACAAUCGCCUUGCUGUGGACAUGUUGAGAAGUAAGAUGGUGCGAUGA